AUGUCCGAAUCACCAAGCAACACCCCGUCAGACAAGAAACCUAGAGUCUCUCGUGGAGGGCAUCACCACAGGGCAAACAGAGGAUACAAGAAACGUCCCAAUGACUCAUCAGCGACAGCUACAUCGCAUGCUGACAAAGAGGAAGAAAUUCCACCAGAUGAACAAUGUUUAAUUUGCGCCGAGCACAUUCAAUAUGCCGCACUAACACCUUGCAACCAUACUACCUGUCAUAAAUGUACAUUCAGACAACGGGCCCUUUACGAACGAACCAUCUGUCUUAUUUGUCGUACUGAGAACCCUCAUGUCGUAUUCACAGAACAGAUUAAUAAAGAGUAUAGCGAGUUUUCCGACAAGGACAUCGUGGCCAAGAAUGAAAAGUAUGGCAUCUGGUUCACCCAAUCCUAUGUCGAAACAGACACAAUGAACCUCCUUGCCAACACUUGUUCCAUCUGUAAUGAAAAACUUGACAGUUUUAAGGCCUUGGGCAACCACGCCAAAGAGAUCCAUUCCAAAUACUUCUGCCACCUUUGUCAAAAGUUCAAACAUGCAUUCAUAUCGGAACUCCCCUUGUACACCGCGCGUCAACUCCAACGACAUCAAACUGAAGGUGAUGGUGAUGACUCGGGAUUCAAAGGCCAUCCUGCAUGUAAGCACUGUCAUCACAAGAACAAUCGCUACUAUUCCGAAGAUGAAUUGAAGGUGCAUAUCAGAGACAAGCAUGAGCGAUGCCACAUUUGUGAUCAGUUUGAUAGAAAGAACGCUGAUUAUUAUAGAAAUUACGAUGCCUUGUAUGCCCAUUUCCAAGCCGAUCAUUUUGUGUGUCGUGCUCCGGCGUGCAUAGAGAAGAAGUUUGUCGUGUUUAGAGACGACUUGGAUUUGACAGCUCAUAUGUUGAAAGAACAUGGCGGUGUCGGCAGUGGCUCUUCCAAUCGAGUGGUUAUCGGGUCUAAUUCCCACUUUUCGCAAUUGUCAACGUUUGCUGAUAGAAGACCCGGUGCUACCCCAGUCAACUGGAACGAUGACGAACAACAAACACCAGAAAUUAAACGGAAAAGAUUUGAAGAACGGGCCAAGCACUAUCUCAGUUAUGACCCGGCCAAAUAUGAUGAAUUUGUUAGUUUGAAUGCCAGUUUCAAGAACAAGAAAAUCAGUGCCAGUGAACUUCUCAGCCUUUACAAGCAAGAUUUGUUUCCUGACCAAUCCAGCGAUGAAAUGAAUUUGUUGAUUCGAGAGUUUGCCGAAUUUUUUCCAACUUCUUCUGAAUUACGUCGUGACUUGGAAUCUGUAUCUAAAGAUGCGGCCAUUACUGAAACACAAAAUGAAAGUUUCCCUGUGCUUGGAGGCCGACCAAUCGGAUCAAUGGGACUAUGGGUUGGGUCCAGAAGAACACCAAGUCCUAAACCGGACAAGUUUCCAGCAUUAGCCAAACCAGUAAAGAAAGCAAUUGCGGCGCCACAGCCUAUAAAGUACACCAAUGUAAUCAAAACCACCGUGAAGAAGAAGCCAUUGAGUCCAGUGGUAAACACCGGCCCUUCGACUUACAAACCUACGUAUUUGGACAACAACUCCUCACCAUCACUUCCAGUUCUUGGACAAACUAGCAGAACAAACUCGCCCAUGCAAACAUCGUCUUCGCUUCUGUCUGCGCCUACGAAAUUCCCAGCCUUGGAGAAGAAACAACGGAAAGUAAUCCCCACUGUCAAACAAUAUAAUAUUGCCGAUCCCAGCCUGUGGUCGAAAAACGCGGCUAAACAACCAGUUCGAAACAGUACCACCCCCACGGACGAUUGGGGAGGGAUUGAGAUAAUAGACAAACGAAAGGGUAAAUUGAAAAAGAAAGGUGGAGUAGUUAGUGAUUUAAUUUAA